UGUGUGUGUGUGUGUGUGUUCUCAGGCUGGGGCGGCAGCAGGGUGGGUGAUAGAGUGAUCUUGCUGACGGUGGAAGAGACAAGAGGAGAGAAAACAAGAAGAAAAAGAACAGAAGUGAGGAAGAAGAGCGCGCGCUUCGUGGAAACGGAGAAAAGUUGAAGAAAACUUUAUUGGAAGAAGGCUUGGCUCCGCCCUCUGAUGACAGCAGUGACCUUUGACCACCCCAGAGCUCCACAGUGCUGUCAUGGCUGACAAAAAACCUCUCCUCGCCCCUCGGCCCAUCACCUCCCCCUCCCAGCAGAACGGGGCGAUCGGAGGGGCAGUUCCUAAAAGCCCUCCACCCCCACACCAUAACGGCAGUCUGCACAUGGGGCCAGGGGGGUCCAGGGCCACCGGCCCGGGGCCUGAGCCCGGCUCGGGCUCCAGGGCCCUUGAAGCUCCUCAGGGGCCUCAGGCUGAAGUUGUGGGUUCGAAUCCCAGUUCAGGGUCCAGUUCCACCCAGCCCAGAGGGAAGAGCCUGGGCUCCAGCCCCAAUUCCAAAACCAGAACCACAGCUGCCAGGACCAAGGGUGGGAGCGGCCAGCGGGAGGCCGAGGAGCUGCUGGAGCUCAUCCUGGAAUGUCAGGCUCAGAGGCUGGAGGACCAGAGAGCCAGCCUGAGCCUGCUGCCCGACCCAGGACCAGCUGCUCCGUGUGGGGCCUGCAGCCACGCCGGCACCCCCCCCUCCAGCCUGGAGUCCUGCUACAGCAUGCUGCUGCGCUACCAGUCUGACAGGAUGGAGGAUCAGAGAUGUUCUCUUCCUGACUUGGACGAGGUUGUGGGUUUGAUUCCUGAUGGUCAGGAGGAUUUCUUCAGUCUGAUCCAGAGAGUGCAGUCCAGGCGGAUGGAUGAGCAGAGAGCCUCCCUGCUGCUCACACACACACACCCAGACACACACCCGGACACACACACCGACACACACACUGACACACACCCCGACACACACCCCGACACACACCCAGACACACACCCCGACACACACCCGGACACACACUCGGUGUCCGGGGGGCGGUGCAGGGGAGCUCGCUCCUUGUCCCGCCACUGAGGGGGCAGCGGCAGAGCAGCAGCACGUCGCCGCCCUGCUGGAGGAGUGAGGAGGUGCGUCACCUGACCAGGUGUCCCGCUCUGCUUCUCCUCCACAACCUGAAAAAACAUUUUUGCUUCUUAUUACACCUUCGGGAUUAUUUCCAGCUUCCCCUAAACCUGCUGACACAGCGAUCUGCAGCCUGCUGACCUCAUGACCUCUGGCACCGCCCACACCACAACACACACACACACACACACACAAACACACACACACACACACACACACACACACACAGUGGGCUGAUGAAACAGGAAGUGGGCUGAUGGAAACGAGGCUGAAGAGGAAGAGGUGGAGCUCCGAGGUGCUGAGAAGGAGUGGAUGGAGGUGUGAGGAAACAGGAAACAGGAAGCAGGAAGCAAAGAAGAUGUCACACUUGCCAAACUGCUUCCUGUUCACCGGCCACACCACAGAAGAAGAACACGCUCCACUCUGGAGACACUUUUCCUAAACUUCAGUUUGUUCUUAACCUGAAGACCCCGUGAAAUGGACUCUUACUUUCUCGGUCAUAAUGUAUUUCCUGUUGAAACAGGAAGUUAGAGAGUAGAACAGAAAGCCUUUAUUGUCAUUGUACUACCACAUUAAGAGCGCUGCUCCUGAUCUGUGCAAAUUAAUGAGACAAUUAAAGACAGACAACAAACACAUCCAAUAAAUAUGAAACUAAAAUAAAUACUUUAAAAAUAGAAGUGAUCAUCCUCCGUUUAUUACAUUUCAGACAAUUAGAGGAGAAGCAGUUUGACUCAGUGUGGGAGAGAAACAGACUUUUAUUUUGAAGGGACAGGUGGAUGAGAGAGGAUGU